GUCUGUUGACUGCCUCCAGUUCGCUUUAGGCUCGGGCCAGAUACCCUCUCUCAACCUUUCAGCCCAUCCGCCUCGCUGCUUCCUUUCUCCACGCAGCCAUGAGGACCACUGUGGUCGCCGUUGUCAUGGUGAUGUUGUGCGUGAUGAUGGUGGACGCGGACACGAAGCCGCAGAGAGAAUUCAGCCUGCAGAGGUUUGCAGGGACGUGGUACCGGGUGGGCCUGGCCUAUGACUCUGAGCGUUUUGUCCCCUUCAGAGACAAACUGAAGGUUUCCCAGGGACUCGUCACAGCGCUGCCAAACGGCAACGUUAACCUCACAAUGUGGGACGCCACACCUUUAGGUUGUCAGAAGAAGACGUACCACUAUGAGAAGACCAACGUAGCGGGACAGUUCACCUACUUCAGCACACGCCAUAAUAUGGUGAAGGACAUCACAGUGGUGGACACAAACUACUCGGAAUACGCUGUGGUUCUCAAACACAAGGUUUAUAACAGAGAGUACACACAAGUGGCGCUUUACGGUCGCACUCAAACGGUCAGAAUUGAUGUCAUUAACAAGUUUAAAGCCUUUGCCUUGUCCCAGGGUUUCCCCAGGGAGGCUAUUCUGACUCCACCUCCGGCAGAAAAUUGCCCAGCAGCAAGAUCUGGUUAGGUUUCCUGGUGUACCAGAGAUGAUGCAUAUUCUGACGUCCUGCUCCAGCUCUGUGUUUGCGGGUUCACUUUUUCCCCAGCAUUUACUAUAAAGUACCAUAAAGAAAUCUUUCAGUAAACAUCAUUCUGGCUAAAAAGAUGAUAAAUAGUAAAUAUUGCUGAUGAAAUGUAUACAGUAUCCUCUUUUAGGUUGUGUUUUACAUUAUUUUCAUAGUCCUGCUGCGCUGACAUCUAGUUCAAUAAACAAUAUUAACCUCCUGUGUGUGUGUGU